CUGCUUCUUUCUCACUAAACACGAAGAAGCAAAGCAAGAGAGAGAGAGAGAGCUCAAACACACAAAAAUGGAGGGAACCAUCUCGCCGCUUUGCCUACGUUCUUCAUCGAGUCUCUGUUACUUCUCCAGCAACGUUUCACUAGACUCUCACCGUUCACUAGGAUUUACAUUUGUAGAUUCUCUCCGGCCAACGAAAUUGGUAUCCCUGCGAACGGGAAACAGACGGUUGUUUCUUUCUCCGACGAGAGGGGCUCUCCGUACGCCGACGCUUACCGCGGAGGAAGUGAAAGAUGUUCCGAUGCCGAAGAUAGAUAAGAGCGGUCGAUUGAGCAGUCCCCGCGCCGCACGCGAGCUCGCUCUUGUAAUACUAUAUGCGGCUUGCUUAGAAGGCUCUGAUCCUAUUCGUCUCUUUGAGAAGAGGAUCAAUGCAAGAAGAGAGCCUGGAUACGAGUUUGACAAGACUUCUUUGUUGGAAUACAACCACAUGAGCUUUGGAGGACCUCCGGUUAAGACAGAGACUAGUGAGGAGGAAGAUGAGCUUGUGCGCCGUGAUGAAAACGAAUCGAGAAUUGAAGCAGAAGUGCUUUCAGCUCCACCAAAGCUGGUGUACAGCAAACUUGUUUUACGGUUUGCAAAGAAACUCUUGGCUGCAGUGGCUGAUAAAUGGGAUAGUCAUGUUGUCAUCAUCGAGAAAAUUUCCCCUCCAGAUUGGAAGAGUGCACCAGCUGGAAGAAUACUAGAGUUUUCGAUUCUUCAUUUAGCAAUGUCUGAAAUGGCAGUCCUUGAAACCCGACACCCGAUUGUCAUCAACGAGGCUGUUGAUCUUGCAAAACGGUUCUGUGAUGGAUCAGCGCCACGCAUAAUCAACGGAUGUCUAAGGACAUUUGUGAAAGAUAGAUCAGCAGCAGCAACACCAACACCUCAAGCUUUAGAAUUGAAGCAAGAGGUGUCGGUUUAAGUUAUAGAACAAACCCGUAUCUACGUAGGAGGCAGGCAACCUCAGGUUUUGGUCGUCGGGAAUAGCUCGUAAGCAAAGUAUUGAUGAUCCAAUGAUCUUUAUAUAUAGGCCGAGUCACUAUCAGAAGAGACUCUGUCUUCACAGGCAGCUUUUGGUACCUGAGACUGAAUAUAUCUUAUCCCUUGCAGCUCAUCAUGAAUAUUGCUAAGAACACAAAACAUUUCUCAAUGUCUGUUUAAUGUAUGUUGUCCUAAGAAUAUAUUUCGUUUUCAUGUUUUUGUCUUUGUAUCCUCCUUACACUGUCCCGUUGUAUAAUCAAAGUUUCAAUCGAUUUUUGUAUCAAUA